UAUAGAUAAACUCACACAAACAUAAACACAAAACACCUUCACUACACUUCUCAAACUUCAGCCCAAAAAAAACCCAAACUUUCACAACAUCAACACAAACAACCUUAACUACAAUUUUUCAAACUUCACCAAAAAAACCAAACAAUACUGCAAAUGACAACAUCAGACGAAGGAUUAACGUUAGAACUCAUACGACAAUAUCUUCUUGAAGAUUUCACAAGUACAGAAUCAUUCAUCAGCAGCCUCAAUUCUUGUUUUUCCUAUCAUAUCUCAGUAAAAACAGAGCCUUCUACUUCAAACUCACGCUCAGAUGAACCCAAUUCACCAAUAUCACUUUACUUCAAUGAUGAUUUCCCUGAAUUCAAAAUCGAUUCGGAUACUAUUCUCAGCCCAACAUCCGACAGCUCUGUGGGGUCCACGCCGAUUUCACCAACGAGAGUACUAAAGAAAAAUUACAUAGGAGUAAGAAGAAGGCCAUGGGGGAAAUUUGCGGCAGAGAUAAGAGAUCCAAGUAGAAAAGGAUCAAGGAUUUGGUUAGGUACAUUUGAUACUGAUAUGGAUGCUGCUAGAGCGUAUGAUUGUGCAGCAUUUAAGAUGAGAGGAGAAAAAGCUAUUCUAAAUUUCCCAUUGGAUGCCGGUAAAUGUGGUGCUCCAGCGAAUAUUGGCCGGAAAAGGAGAAGACAGAACAAGAUGGAGUUGGUGCAGAUGAUGAAUUUGUAAUGAUGCUUAAGUUUUUUUUUUUUGGCACUUAGGAGAGAGAAAAAUGUGUGAAGUAUGUUAAUUACUUAGGGGCCGUUUGUUAGCUGGUUAGAAGCUAAGUUUUGUAGAUAUUAAAUUUGGCAUAAGUAAUACUCUCUCUGUUUUAAUUUAUGUGAACAUAUUACUAUUCGGGGAGUCUA